CCAUCGAGAGAACGUAGUGGAAAACGAAUUAACUAGCCACACUGAUGCAAAUGGAGGCACCAAACAGUAGCGCCGUCGGGAGCCGGUGGUCGAAGCUGGGAACCACGCUUCCCGUCAGGAACGUCCAGGCUCUGGCCGCCGACGAGCUAACGGCCGACACCAUCGAGCGGUACAUCCAUCCGGACAUCGAUGCAAACACCGUUCUCGCCGAGCACUCGGACGAUGUUCCGGUGAUCGACCUGGGCAAGCUGUCUAGUCCUGGAUCGGUGGAAGCCGAGGUCGAGAAGCUUAGAUUUGCCUGCGAGGAGUGGGGCUUCUUUCAGCUUGUCAAUCAUGGAGUGCCAGAUGAGGUUAUCACGGGUGUAAGGCGUGACGCGGAGAAGUUCUUUCAGCUCCCCCUCGAUGUGAAGAAUGCUUACGCGCAGCGCCCAGGAGAUCUUCAAGGUUACGGCCAAGCGUUUGUUCAAUCAAAUGAUCAGAAGCUCGACUGGGCAGACAUGUUCGUCCUCUAUACCCAGCCAAUUCAGGCUCGUGACAUGAGUUAUUGGCCGAGUCAGCCUCAUACAUUCAGAAAUUCCUUUGAAGAAUACUCUUCCGAAUUGAUGAAAGUUGCUGAUUCUGUUGCCACCUUCAUUGCGAGAACAUUAGACGGUGAUCCUGAAUUGGUGGCGGACAAAAAUGUGGUUCAGAUUUUACGGAUGGGUUACUACCCCAAAUGCGCAUCAAUGCCUGAAAAGGUUUUGGGUUUCUCACCGCAUUCUGAUGGAUCUUUUCUAACUAUCCUGCUGGAAGUUAAUUCAGUUCAAGGCCUGCAAAUUAGAUGGCACGGUGCGUGGAUCCCAGUGAAACCACGUCGUGAUGCACUAUUGGUGAAUGUGGGUGACCUUCUUGAGAUCAUGACGAACGGGAAGUACAAGAGCAUUGAGCACAGAGUUACUGUUGAUGCCCAUAAGGAACGGCUAUCCAUAUCAGCAUUUCACGUCCCAAACUUAGAUGGAGUAGUCUCACCAGUGUUGGGAGUAACAGAAGAGAAGGUGUUAUACAAGACAACAAAAGUAGAAGAGUAUUCAAGACUUUAUAUGUCAAAUAAACUAGAUGGCAAGAGGGCCCUCGAUCAUGCAAAACUAUCCUGAAUAUAAUGAUUGUCUUCUCUACUUUGUCACUACAGCUAAACAUUUGAAAAAUAAAUUUUGAUGUAUUAGAUAUUAUUAUUGGUUUUA